GGGUCACGAGACUGCUAUUUAAGAGGUUGGCUGGUCGCACCAGUUGUCAUUCCGGGCUUCCCCGGGGUCAGGACACUGACGCCAUUGUGUAGAGUUUCCUUCUAUUCUCUAGUGUAUGACUAGGAGGACACAGACAGUUGAGUACAUUAGUCAACAUAAUCUUUUAUUCGUCACUCAGGUUUUAGACAACGAACUGCGUUUCAGCAACGACGUCUCGACUCAGCCACCAAAGGUCAAAGGAUGACGUUCGGUUUCUUCCUCCCUCCUCGUGGAAAUCCCACCGAAUUCGCAGUUCUACCAGAGUCCGUCGAAACAGCUGCUCUGAAGUGGGAGAGAAUCGAGAGCCUUAAGGACGUGGAGGACAAUUGGAGCCUUUGGAGCAGCAAGGAGGCUUGGAGAAGGCACAACGACGCGGUGAAGAACAGUAGCCCUCCUGAUCUUGAAGAAGAGAAAUCAGGUAAAAUGAAAGAACCCUCCAGAGACAGCAGCGAUUUUGGUCUGGUUGCAGAAUCCAUCAGAGUGGAUGGCCUGGAUGCUUUGUUCCCAGAAAAGGUGCCGGAUGUGACUUCCGAAUUGGACAAGGAACAAGUAGUUGAAGCUGCCGAUGCCAACAAGCCUACACAAGGAUACGAACCUCCUGACGGUGGAUGGAGAGGCUGGAGUAUUGUUUGUGCAAACGCUGUCUGCGCCAUGAUGUUUACAACUCAAGGGCCUUGCUUUGGCUUUUUCUUCGGACCAAGGCUUCGGGAACUUGGCGCAACGGCCACCUUAACAGCCUGGAUCUUCUGCCUUCAGUCUCUGACUCGGAACUUGACAGGUCCGUGGGCAGGGCUCUUGGGCAGUAAGUUCGGGUACCGUCCCGUGGCAAUGAUAUCAGCGUUGACAGCAGCUUCGUCAUUCAUGGUGUCUGCUCUGGUCUCCAGCAAUCCUCUGUGCUUCCUCCUCACGUUCUCCCUUUUGAGUGGCUUGGGGGCCGGCAUCUGUAUGAACAGCUGUUAUCACAUAUCUGCCCAAUACUUUAAAAAACGAUUGGGUCUGGCCAAUGGGAUUAUGGUGACUGGCGGAUCUCUGGGAUUCGUAGUGAUGCCUCUGCUAGGAGCGGAACUUCAAGAGCGUUUCUCCUUCAAGUGGGCGACUAUUAUUGCAGGUUGUGUGUUUAUGUUGGCUGUCCCAGGAACUGCGUUUUUCCAACCCAUUGAGCUGUACAUGAAGAAAAAAAAGGCUGCUCAGGACCAGGAAGAGGGACAAAUAAGUGAGGCUGGUGAUGGAUGUAAGGAUGCCGAGCAAGAGAAGGAAGGAGGAGGAGGAAUCUGGAAGAAGUUCUUGCAACAGUUCAAACCUUCCGUGUUUCGUGAUCCUCUGGUCGUCACGACAGCCCUUUUUACCUGCCUCUCCAUAACCAUACUUCUCAAUAUCGUUGCAUUGGUGCCUUUCCUCUUGAAUGACGCUGGGUACAACUUGCAGGACGCCUCGUGGCCAGUGUCAGUGGCAGCUUUCACUGACAUGGCACUCGAGCUGUGUGUGCAACCGUGAUAGACUUUCCUUGGCUGAAUGUAAGGCUGCUGUACGCCGUGGCUCAGAUCAUUGCCAUUCUCGCACCCAAUGCGCUAGUGCUGGGCUCUGAUACUAUACCAUAGUGCUGCUGACGAUGGGCUCUGUAGGAAUUGGUCUCGGUAUCAUGUAUGUUUUGGAUGUGUACAUCAUUAUCCGUGUCUUAGGCAUUGAAAAGAUGCAGUCUGUGUAUGGAAUCAGCCAACUCUUGCGGGCGUUGGCCUAUACCUUUAUAGGUCCAAUGGGAGGAGUCUUGCGGCAAGCCACUGGGUCAUACAGAGCCUCGAUUAUUUUGUACACCUGCACAAUAAGUGUCGGUCUAUGCCUUUUGACAUUCACCUGCAUCUACACUCACUUCCGGCCUUUGAAGGUGGACAAAAAAGGUAGCAUCUGAAGACAAAGAUGACGAAAGGCGAUGAUAUCGACCAUCAUCUAGAAAGAAAGCAACAUUGGCGUUAAUGCGUAGUUCUAAGACCAAAUGAAGAAAGGUGAUUAAAGCUUAUAAAAAUACAGUUGUCGAGAAGGCGAGCUGGUUUUGGUCGAAGGAAGAUUCGACGAAGGCACACUAGUAUCAAAAGAAGGUUCAAAGAAAGUGCUCUACUGGUGGUCGAAGGAAGGUUCUAAGAAGGCAUGCUGGUGGCUGAAAGGUUCAACGAAUACGCACUGGUGGUCGAAGGAAUGAUUGAAGAUAGCUUGCUGGUGGUCAAAAGAAGGUUUGAAGAAGGCACACUGAUGGUCAAAAACAAGGUUCAAAGAAGGCACCUUGGUGGUCGAAGGAAGGUUUGAAGGAGGCUGGUGGCUGAAAGAAGGUUCAACAAAUGCGCACUGGUAGUCGAAGGAAUGGCCGAAGAUAGCUUGCUGGUAGUCAAAAGAAGGUUCGAAGAAGGGCGAAGGAAGGCUGGAAGGUACGGUGAGGGGGUUUGUAUCGGCGAAACCUGAUUUGACGACAAAAGCAAACUGCUUUUGUGACAAUUUUAGUCUUUUUUUUUUUUUUUUUUUAUGCGCCUAAGAAGGCUAGAUAAAAUCUUGCUGGUUAUUAAAGUAUCAGAUUAUUUUUUCAUUCAUAACUCUAUAAUAUAAUCAAUACGGAAAUAUAUUUCAAAUAAAAUAUUUUUGUAAUAA